UUCGUCUGCACACACUCUGCAGACAACCCUUAAUAUGACGUGGCAUUCGGUAUAGUUUCUUGUCGCAAACUAUCUGGCGUUCCCGAUUAUUUGGAUUUCAAAGACGAAAACGGAUGAAUUUUUCGAAAGAUAAAUUUUUGACGGAUGAUUACUCGAAGACGCCGGCAAGGCUCUGAAUCGGAGCAUCAGCCGCUUGCUGAAACCCAACUACAAAACCAAGUCCUGAAAGGCUCUUCAUCCGUUUUACUGUGGUCGGGAGAAAGUCCUCAACAGCAGCCAUCCUUUUUCAUUGUUCCGCAGGGUGAAAUAGGUGCAUUUGUUGCACCAAAUUAUUCAAGAGAUAAAUUUUUAGAUGUUCAAGCCAAAACCAACAGCGCUGACAUGAUGGCCCUAGCAUCUAAUUCGAGUUCAUCGGUUCUGUCUUCCACCAAUGCAUCUUCACGUGAUCGAACUGCAGAGUUUCUCUCUGCAGUCAGAAGCUUCCAGAGUAGACCAAUUAACGGAGUAGUCGGGAGGCCGAGUCACUCACAUCCAUCUAAGAAUACAGAUCAACAUCAACAGUACUCUGAAUUCAUGAAAGUGGCAAAAGUUAUUAGUAAGGAUUUGAGCAACACAUAUGCAAAACUGGAAAAACUAACUCUAUUGGCGAAAAAACGAACGCUAUUUGAUGAUCGUCCUCAAGAGAUCCAAGAACUGACUUACAUCAUCCGAGAAGAUAUCACAAAUCUGAACAAACAGAUUGCUCAUCUGCAAGGAUUCAUGAAAAAGCAACAGAAUCAACAACAAAAUACCAAGGCCCAUUCAGCAAAUGUCGUUGUAGCUCUUCAGUCGAAGCUAGCCAAUAUGUCUUCUGAAUUCAAACAAGUCCUUGAAGUCCGCACUGAGAAUCUUAAAGCCCAGAGAAGCCGUCGAGAACAGUUUUCUGGCUCCGUCCCAGUCGUUUCUGAUUUACCGGCUGCAGCCUUGACAGGAGGACCGUUUGGAUCCUCUCAAAAUGGUUCUAAAGGAUCUGUUCUACUCCGUGAUGCUGCCUAUCAAGCCCAUGGAGGAGAAGCAGUAGCUAUCGACAUGGGUGCCGCUGACAACAAAACCAACAGGAAUCAAAUUCAGCAGCAAGUGUUUGCCGACGAAACAGAAUCUUACCUGCAAAGUCGUUCUGACGCAGUCCAAAGUAUAGAAUCCACUAUCGUGGAGUUGGGCGGAAUUUUCCAGCAACUGGCUCUCAUGGUUCGCGAACAAGAAGAAAUGGUUCAGCGGAUUGACUCGAAUGUUGACGAUGCCCAACUUAAUGUGGAAGCCGCUCAUGACGAACUCUUGCGUUACUUUCGUUCCGUCUCUUCUAAUAGGUGGCUGAUGCUAAAAGUCUUUGGGGUUGUCCUUGUGUUUGUUGUAAUAUUCGCCAUCUUUUUUGCUUGAAAAUUAUCUAAAGUACGAUUUCCAAUUCAUUUACCAAUACAAUUUUCGAUCCUAAUGAAUUUAAAACUCACGGUUCGUUUCUCCAUUGUGCUUGAUUAACGAAUGUAGAUGUGCCCUCUGACGAAAAUGUUUCCCAGAAAACUUCUGGUGAUUUUCAUGAUGAAGUUAUAAACUGUGAUGUAUUAAGAAUAAAAUUCAAUAGUAAUAUAUCAGAAGAAUAAAUCAAUUCUAAUCUA